AUGGACUCCCAGAAAUCUCCGUCCGAAAGAGCUCCGGCUCAUGCCGGCCAGUCGUCUGCUGACGAAGACUGGAUGUCAUGGCUUCCCGAGCACGAGGUGGGGUACCUCGGGACUACGAGUGGUCUCGAUGAGGCCCAGGAUAAUGCAGCCAUCAUUGGGAACACAUCUAUUCAUGGCGUUGUCAACACUCGGUCUCACAGCGACACGUCCAUUGGCGCCGUUGACGACAUAUCCAACUUGUAUCCCGACCCUCUACAGCUAGCAACCGACCCAUGGCAAAGGGUAUUCCAAACUGACGAUCCGGAUUCAAGAGCUCUGUCAUGCUCAUCUGACCACAUCAUCUCCCACGACUUAUCAUAUCGACCCGAACUACCCGCCAGCUUGCCUUAUACUGACGAUGUGGCGAGCACAUCGCAGACACCCUUCAGUGCAGAAGCCGGAGCCCGCUCCGACUCCUCAGUUGGGUCUUGGGAUUCCUUUACUUCAUCACCCUCGGCUUCGCGGAGAAGGCGUAGGAGAAGGCAACCUGCAAGGUCAAAAAAGGUUAGAGAAGUAGAAACGGAGCCCAGAAGGUACCAAUGUACGUUUUGUACAGAUACCUUCAAGACGAAACAUGACUGGCAACGACACGAAACAACUAUGCAUUUGAGUCUGGAACAGUGGCAAUGUUCCAAGUUUGGCCCGGUACUGCAGGAGCCAGAUGGACGCGUGUACUGCGUCUUUUGCCGCCAACCCGACCCUUUACCCGAGCACCACCAAGUACACAACUAUGCCGCCUGCAUAGCGCAACCAGAAGAAGCCCGCCAGUUUCAUCGCAAAGAUCAUCUUGGACAGCACCUCCGUCUCUUCCAUCGUGGAUGCAACUUCAACGACUUGAUGAAAAACUGGCUUUCGUCCAUUGACGAUGUCAAGUCUCGAUGCGGCUUCUGCGAUGCGCGCAUGGGUACUUGGGCUGAGAGGCAGAAACACUUGGCGGUGCAUUUUCGUACUGGCUCAGACAUGAGGGAGUGGAAGGGUGACAGAGGUUUUGAGCAAAAGAUUGAUGACCUUGUUGAGAAUGACAUGCCAGUGUUCCUCAUUGGCACGCAACGACACACGAUGGAGCCUUUCUCAGCCUCAAGGGCAGAUCACCGCAUGGAUUCGUCUGAGAAUGUCUUUGGGCCGCUGAGCAGCGACGAGGUCAGUCCUGGGGUGGCUGACUCAACACCGCCAAACAGGGAUGAAACCUCGGCACAUUCAUACAGGCAGAUAGAACGGCUCCUGUUGAAGUUUGUGUCAGACGAGAUUGCGCAAGGACGUGUUCCUUCAGAUCGCCAACUACAGAGGAAGAUGAGCGAAAUGAUGUAUGGGCCGGAUAAUGCAUGGGAUCAGACUUGGGCAGACAAUCCACAAUGGCUAGACAUGUUUAGGAGGAAGGCUGGUCUGAUCAGUUUGCCACUCAGUGGUGGCAAAAAUGCUUUUGUUGGCUUCGACGAGGUUUGA